UGGCAGCCUGUUUGGGAUAUGUGUACACCUAUUUUCCCUGAAAUUGUCCUGGCCCUGUUUCGGGCGGGGCUCGGGGGGGGCUCCCCUGGCUGGGCGGGUUGCAACCGCAGUAGCCAAGGUGAUGGGAAACAGAGCGGGGAUCCCUGCCGCCCACCCUGCCUUUUGGAGAGCUCAGUAAUCGGUUAUUAAUUAACCUGUUGGCUGCGGGAGCGAGGGGCCGGGGCUGCGGGCGGGUGACGUUCGGGCCGGAGGCUGAACUGAUGGCGGUUGGGAGGUGCCCCGGCGACGGUUCGGCGGGGAGCUGGGCGCUGUCGGUGGGUGCUGCCUGGUGACACGUGUGUGUGUGUGUGUGUGUGUCCCCGCCAGCCCCGAGGAGCCACCAUGGCUGCGGGGCACAAGGGCCAAGGCGGCAGCGCCGGCUCCGUGCGGGGCAGGAAGGCAAAUCUCAGCCAGCGCGUCCGGGAGCUGCGUGCCACCAUCGCCUUGCAAGAGCAAGGGAGGAAGUUCUUCAAGCGGUCAUGCGAGGAAAAGCUCAGUCAGAACAGGGAGCUGCUCCCCCGCCUGCGAGAGGCCGUGCAGGACAUCCACGCCCUGAGCGUCGUCCAGAAGUGCAGCAAGCUCACCUUCUCCGAGGUUUGUGGAGCGCAGGCGGCCUUGGACGGUGCUUUGGCCAGGAGGACGGUGGAGGUAACGGCAGGGUCCGGCAGGCUGGGGCUCCGGGGACGCUCGGAUGAACAGGGUGCACGGCAGAGGGACUGGGUGCCAGCACAAAGACGGCCCCACAAGGCUGAUGCAGCGAGACGCGGGGCGUUCGUGUGGUCCCAUGGGUCCCUUUCCACCGCGGGACCCACCCAUGCAGGCCUAACGAGUGCUCACAUGCCCAUCCAGGUGGCUCGGGAGAAGCUCCAGGCCGAAAUCUAUGACCGGGUGAACACGUGCAACAUGCUGCUGCACCAGGUGAGGCAGCGGAGCCAAGCCCGGGACGAGCUGGAGAAGCGGCUGCAACAGCUCCAGAGUGUCAGGAUGGAUGACAAGCGGCACCAGGCGCAGGUGCAGGUUGUUCACCAGCUGGAGAACAACAUUGAGAAGAUGCUUAUGAAAGUCCACACUGGACAGAAGGUGACCGCCCUGUACCUGGCAGUGCAGGAUGUCCUGAGGAAGGAGCUGGCCCACCUGCCUCUGCACCUGGACCUCCUGUGUGGGAUGGCUGAGUUGUACCAUGGGGAGCUGGAAGACAUGGAGCUCAUGGCUGCGGAUGCCCUCAAAGCUGCUGAUGUAACCAAGGAGGACAUGGACAAGAUGGAAACCCAGUUCCUUGCAGAGAGAGAGUUCAGGUACCACUCCCUGGCCGCACAGAAGGUGCACAUCGACAGACUCUGGCACAAGGAAGCAAGAGAAAGGCAUCUGAAAGCGCAAGCCAGACACGAGCUCGCCAUGGACUUCUCAACCCUGCACCCGCAGGAUCCGCUGGUGGGCACCAAACUGGAGGCCACCAAGUCCCAGAGGGAGUGUGAGGCCUGGGUGACCGAGAAGAUGGAGAAGGCCAAGGCUGCGGUGCCGUGCUCCCACCUCUGGGACAUCGCUGGCAGGUUCCUGGCACAGCAGAAGUCCUCAGUGGACCUGGAGCAGUAUCUCAAGGAGUGCAAGGAGAAGAAGCAGGUGCUGAAGGAAACGCUGAAGAAGCUGGAGCUGAAGCAGGCUGAGCUGAAGUUUCAACAGCCCCCCAGCACAAUCGGGUACUGCUGGAUGCUGGAGGAGGACCUGAGGAUGAGCCUGCAGUGCGAAGAGGCUCGGCUGGAGAAGAUGCGAGCCCAGAUGCUGAGGAACCAGGAGCUCCUGCUUGAGUUUGAAAAUGGCAUCGAUAACCUCUUUGUCCGUCUGCACGGCAUCACCGUGCCCGGCCAGGACGAUUCUGUCAAGGCUGAGGGGGUGAAGGAGAAGCUCCAGAACUGUGAGCAGAAGCUGCAGUACCUGGUGCAGCGGGUGGCUGACCUGCCCCCCGACAGCCGCAGCCUCGACGAGGACAAUGAGACUUUUGUGAAGGUCAGAAAUUUUCUGGAGAAAGCAAUCACAGAUGAUCCGCAGAACCUGAAGAUUUCCUUGGAGGACAUAGACAGUAAGGUCCAAAACCCAUUUGAUUUUGCUGACAAAGACCAUGGCCUUGUCCUCACCCGGGAAGACAUCAAGAAGCAGGGGCUGCACCUGAUCGAAAGCAACAAAAAAAGUGGCAAGAAGAAGUAGCAGUUGCUCCACCAGAGCUUUGGAUGCCCCAGACCACCUGUUGUACCCUUUUUCCAGCAAGUUUAACAGAGCAGAUCUUUUUAAUUCCUCCCAAGCCUGUGGUAAAGCUGGAAUGGGGGUUGCUAGGUCUCUUCUGUCCCCCAGAACGCAUGGGGGUCAAACCCUGAGGGAUGCUGAGAUGGGUUUGGAGGCAGCCCCAUCCCCCUGCCCCUCUCCCACCUGCUCUCCCCGCAGAGGUGGGGACAACUUUCCUGGCCAGAGCAAAGCAGGGGCCAGACUGGCUAUCUUCCCCCUUAGUCCUAUGGGCCCAACACCUUCCUGGGACCUCUGCCCCCCCAGGCAGCUCUGGGACCCCAAUGGGUUGGUGUCUGUGUGAUGCAGCUAUGGGGGAAUGUGGGGCAGGGGCUGAGAUGUGUAUGGGUAUCAGACCUCAGGGUGGGUGUCUGUGUCCACGUGUGGGAGCAGAAGGGCAGAGCCAAAUCCGAGAUGAAGGCCCUAGCCUGGGGCUGUCUGACCUGGUGCGGAGCUUUCAUGCUUCUUCCCUCCCCUGGUCCCCGCACGCACGUUGAGCAACUCAUACUCGUAACCCUAAACUCAGAGCAAACAUCAGGGAUUACCUUUGGGCUGCAGGGAGGUGCAUGGAGGAGGUAAGGUCUAACCCAACAUGACCUGGGACAGCAGAGGAUACUACACCAUGUCUCUGGCUCCAGGAUGGGAUCCCCAGCCCUGCUGAUGGGUCACAGACACCCAACCAUGGAGGCCACGGUGUCUUCUCUACAAAGGCACUCGUAAAAAAACGCUGCACUUAGAUGGUGCUGUUUCUCCAAGCACAGCCGACACCAAGGGCUACUGCCCGGGCCCUGAAGUCUGAGCUGGAGACCCAGGGGAGUGGUAGCUCAUCCACUUCUACAGGAGAACAUCAGCAUCAGACCAAGCUUUCACUGGCAUUUCUACUUGGUCCGUGUACUUCAUGCUGACCUCACUUGUGACAUCAUCAUUGGGGGGAAGGAACAGCUCUUUAUGCCAAGCCUCUUCACAGACUAAUAUUCUUGGUGGGUUUUGUGUAACUACAGCACAACUUGUGUUUUUUAAAGAGAAGCUCCAGAAAUAGCAUAACAUGCCAGUGAAAAACAUCUAACUGAGCUUCCCAGAAUAGAUAGCCAUAUAGAUGGGCUCUCCUGCAAUUAGAGACCAUGCUAUAAUUACACCCAUCCAUCUCCUAUCCCUGGAGCAGGGCUGAGUUGAAGGUGGGGGGUAGAGGUGCUCAGGCACAGGGAGCAGAGGGGGACCAGAUAGGAGCAAAGCCCUGCAGAGGGGAACAGAGCUGGCUGGGGUAUGAGGGCAAAGAGGAAUGGGGGGCACCUGGGCAGGGAUAAGGGGGUGAGCAGAGAGUGCCAGCAGAGGGGAGCACAGGAGCUGGUGAUAUUUAGGAUCAGACAGACUGGAAGGAGGAUGUGCAAGGGAACAGGGAUGAGGAGAAUCUACAGUGCACGGAGGGGGGGCACAGGGAACUGGGGGUGCCACCAGGGUGGGGGGGGAAGGCUGGGUUUUCAGUCAUGUGUAUCCCCCACACCAUCCGCAGGCUUCCUACCUGUAGGGUGAACAGUAGGGCUCAUAGGGUCCUCUGCAUUGCAAACGAGCUGGGGGCUGUGGGUGGCCCCAGCGCUCCAGGGCAGCAAGCAGAGCCGUGGCAGCAGCAGGUCCCGGUGAACAUCCAGCAACCAGUGGGUGGAAGUAAAACAACACCCAAGGGGAAGCCAGGAAACCCCCGGAGCAAGUGAGUGAGCACAGAGGACAGGGCUGGGCCAAGCACACCCAUGGCACAGGGGCUGCUGAGCUUAAAUGGGGUGUCAAGGGUGUGGGUGGGGGCCAGGUGAGGCUGCUUAGAAUGAUUAAGGCAUCAGGGACAGGGAAGCUUAUGGAAGGGGGGAUAAGGUGGGGGGCUCUGAGGCCUUGGGGGUGCCUGAGGAUGUGCUUCCCCCAGCACCCUGCAGGCCAGCCAUGCAAGGGGACAGGUACAGCCCUAUGCCACACACAUGACAGCUGCUGCUGGGUGCUGUGACAGGGGACCCAGGAUCAUCCCAACACACUGCCCUGGGCUGGGACCAAGCCUGCACAAGUGCAGGUGCCCUCCCAAACUGGCCCCCACUCCUGUGCACCCGCCCCCCACUUGCUGACAUGCCUGGCCAGGCACAGCAGGGAUGGGCUGUGCCGCGAUCUGAUGGUCACAGCGGGGUUCGGGGGGCCCCAAGGAGAGCCAUUGAGCACCCCACCCUGUGCUGGCUGAUCGGUCCAGGAGGGCUGUGUAGAGGCUAGUGGGGUGCAGGAGGGGUUGGGGGGCAGAAAGGAGGAUAGCAGGGUGCAGGGAGGAGAGUAGCGGGGUGCAGAGGCAUAGCAGGGGGCAGAGGGGAGGAUAGAGGGGUGCAGAAGGUGAUAGCAGGGUGCAGGGGGGAAUAACGAAGUGCAGGAGGAUGAUGCCUACUCGAAAGCAGGUAGAGACGCAGCUCAUCAAUCCCAGUGCCACUCUGCCCACCUCACCUAACUCUUCACCCUGCCAGCUCCUGGUAGAGGCAAACUGGGGCAUUUGUACUCAGAGGGGAGGCCCAGCCUAGCCAAGUGCCCACGGUGUCUCCCAGCAGAGCUCACCCCACUGUGAGGGACACGAGGAUGCCCGGGGGUAGCACUGGGAGGGCAAUCCCAUCCCCUGGCUUGGGGUCCCUACUCUGCCCCUCCCAGUUCCCAUCACAGCCCCAACACCAACAGGGGCCACGGGACCCCAAGGCAGCGCGUGGGAGGGAGACAGGGGGGACCUCAUCCUUGUGUCCCCCCUCAUCCCCAGAGCUGGGUCCCACAGGGCUCUCCCAUCCCAAGCCAGGUGCCCCCGUGGCUGCAGCACAACCCCCCCCAACAUCUGGUUUGAGCCUUUG